AUGCGUUGCUCAACACUCCCACAGCCUCUCCUAUGGCUGCUCCUCGCCAGCACCGCUUCGACACAGCAAGUAUUGGACGAGCUGUCAUUCGGGCACAAGGAGCCCAUAGCACCGAACGGCAAAGCGAUACCCGGCUGGUCUGCAACAUCCAGCAACCACCACAUCCAGUUCCUCUCGGAUCGAGUGGUCCUGACCCCCCCUGUUCCUGGCAACGCAAGAGGCGCACUGUGGUCGGAAAACCCGAUCAACAGCGAGACGUGGGAUGCAGAAAUAUCCUUCCGCGCAUCCGGGCAGGAAGGCGGGAGCGGUAACUUACAAUUUUGGUUUGCGAAGGACAAGAACGCGAUCAACGUGGACAGCGUCUACACUACUGGCCCGUUCGAUGGGCUGGCGCUGGUCAUUGAUCAAUACGGCGGGCGAGGAGGUAUUGUGAGAGGGUUCUUGAAUGAUGGGCAACAAAACUUCCGCGCACACCCUUCGCUCGAGACGCUAGCGUUUGGGCAUUGCGACUACAGCUAUCGGAACCUUGGCCGGCCGAGCACUCUGAAGGUCACGAACCAGAACGGUCUACGCGUGUCGAUGGAUGGGAGGGAAUGCUUCAACAGCGAGCAGAUUGUGCUUCCUUCAGGAUACUACUUUGGUCUGACGGCUGCCACGGCGGAUCAACCGGACAGCUUCGAGAUUUACAAGUUUAUCGUGAACUCGUCUCCGCAAGGCGGCGCUCCUCCUCCGCCACCACCACCACAGCAACAGCAGCAACAACAGCAACAACAGCAAGGCCGACCGCAACUCGAGAGGCUUGACCGGCUCCCUGGCGCUCCUGAAGCUGUUCCCGACCGAAUGGCCGACGACAUCAAGAACCAGCAGGAGCAGUUCGCAGACCUCCACAACCGUCUGCAAGGGCUGACGCACCAGAUCGCCAACCUCUUCGGGGAGUUUGAGCAGUUGGGGCGAAAGCAGGAGGAGCGACAUGCACAGCUCCUGAGCAGCAUGCCAGGCGGCUUUCCAUCGGAUAAGAUCGACAACCUGGGUCGCAGGAUAGAGAACAUGGAGCGAACGCUGGACCAGGUGAAGCGGGACGUAGAAGGGAAGGACUAUAAGGAACAUCUCAACCAACUGAAUGUUGCGAUUGAGAAUGUCCGGGGUGGAUUGAGCGACAGUCUGGAUCCGGAGAACAUUGGGAGAAUCAUGAGAACCCACGGUCCUCGCCUGGGCAUGUUCGCCUUCGCUGUCGUCGCCGUGCAGGUGUUGAUGGCGGGCGGCUACAUCAUCUACAAGCGGCGGAGGAACAGCAUGCCGAAGAAGUAUCUGUAA